AUGGGAGACAAGCAGCACCUUCGAUUUGUAGCGUCGACCACGAAGAAAAAUGGAAGAAAGUUUACCCUCGAUUUGCAGCACCCCCUAGUUUUGCAACGAAACCCAAUUUCUCCAUUCAUUAUCUUACUCACUUCUCUCACGUGGGUUUCACAAUUUGCCAACAAAAUGGAAGAUAGUUUGAAGCCAAUGGAUGCAGAACAACUGAGGGAGUGUGGUCACAAGAUGGUAGACUUCAUUGCUGAUUACUACAAGAACAUUGAAAAUCUCCCAGUUCUUAGCCAAGUUCAGCCCGGAUAUCUGCGCGAACUUCUGCCAGACUCUGCACCAACUCACCCUGAAUCAUUGCAAGAUGUUUUGGAUGAUGUUCAGGCAAAAAUAUUACCUGGAGUAACACAUUGGCAAAGCCCGGAUUAUUUUGCAUACUUUCCAUCCAAUAGUAGUGUUGCAGGAAUUUUGGGGGAGAUGCUCAGUGCUGGGAUUAACAUGGUGGGGUUUAGUUGGAUAACUUCGCCUGCUGCGACAGAACUUGAAAUGAUUGUUUUGGAUUGGCUUGCGAAGGCACUCAAGCUACCUGAUGAAUUCCUUUCAAUGGGAAAAGGAGGUGGAGUGAUACAGGGCACAGCAAGUGAGGCAGUAUUAGUUGUGCUUUUGGCUGCUCGGGACAAAGUUCUAAGAAAGGUUGGGAAAGAUGCCAUUGGAAAACUUGUGGCCUAUAGUUCUGAUCAAACUCAUUCUGCUCUACAGAAAGCCUGCCAGAUAGGAGGGAUUCACCCAGAAAACUGUCGAGUGCUGAAAACAGACCCUUCCACUGAACAUGCUCUAGCUCCUGAAUCGCUCAGUCAAGCAAUUUCACAAGACAUAGCUUCUGGUUUAAUUCCCUUCUUCUUGUGUGCUACAGUUGGUACCACAUCAUCAACAGCUGUGGAUCCUUUGCUUGCAUUAGGAAAUAUUACAAAGAGUAAUGGGAUCUGGUUUCAUGUGGAUGCUGCUUAUGCUGGAAGUGCUUGUAUUUGCCCAGAGUUCCGCCACUAUAUUGAUGGUGUUGAAGAGGCCGACUCAUUUAACAUGAAUGCACAUAAGUGGUUUUUAACUAAUUUUGACUGUUCAGCUCUUUGGGUUAAGGACAGAAGCGCCCUCAUUCAGUCACUAUCAACAAAUCCCGAGUUUCUUAAAAACAAAGCUUCUCAAGGAAACAUGGUUGUGGAUUACAAAGAUUGGCAAAUCCCUCUUGGCCGCAGGUUCAGAUCUCUCAAACUGUGGAUGGUGUUGAGACUGUAUGGGCUGGAAAACUUGCAAGCUUACAUAAGAAAACAUAUUGAAUUGGCUAAAACAUUUGAAGAACUAGUGAAGCAAGAUCCAAGAUUUGAGGUUGCUGCUCCUCGAAAAUUUUCUUUAGUUUGCUUUCGUCUGCUGCCUCGUCAGAACAAAGAAGAUUGUGCCAACAAAUUAAACCAUGACCUAUUGGAUGCUGUAAACUCGACUGGAAAAAUUUUCAUCUCUCACACGGUUCUAUCAAGUAAAUAUGUACUGCGCUUCGCAGUGGGGGCUCCAUUGACGGAAGAGAGACACAUUGUUGCAGCUUGGAAGGUGUUACAAGAAGAGGCUUCUUCUCUACUAAGGGUUUUGUAG